GGCAUCCUAGUCUCACUACACCUGCUGGGAUUAUUCUGCGCCAGCGUCGAUCAGGGUUACUCGGUUAACCACAUCUCCCCACCGUGCCGCUGGCAAAACAGAGGUCAUAGAGGGCCAAGGUGGGCCCGGGCGGCCCCCCGCUCCCCAUGUGUGUGAGAGGGAGCCGCAGAGCCGCUGGGCCUGGGAGAGAGAACCAGGCGGAGGAGCAGGAGGAAGAGGCGAGCGUAUGGAGAGCAGCGGAUGCAGCCCCUUUCCCCUGUGCUGGGCUCGCAGAGCCUGCGUCUAUUCCUACACAUCUCCUCUACCAAAAUAUGACCGACACCUAGCAUCUCCCAACGGCAUGGCAACAGGAUACCCGGACCCUAAUGUAAAUAACCAUGGCCUGAGUCAGGGGGUGAAACCACGCUUCAGUGGAGGGAUGGAGCGGCCGCCCGGGACACUGGAGCGUGUGCUCAAAGUCUUCCACUAUUUUGAAAACAGCAGUGAGCCCUCCACAUGGGCCAGCAACAUCAGACAUGGAGAUUCCACUGACAUCAAGGGGAUCAUCCAGAAGAUUGUGGACAUCCACAAGGUGAGGUGCGUCGCGUGUUUUGGCUUGCGGCUCAGCCAUCUGAAGACAGGGGAGAUUCACUGGCUCCACCCGGACAUGGGCGUCUCACACGUGAGGGAGCGAUAUGAGCGCCGCCACCCACAGGACGAGUGGAGGUAUGAGCUCCGGAUACGCUACUUGCCAAAAUCAUUCCUAAACCAGUUUACUGAGGACCAGCCAGCACUAAACUACUUUUACCACCAGGUGAGAAGCGAUUAUAUGAUGGAAGUAGCUGAUCAAGUCGAUCAGGACAUUGCACUUAAACUGGGCUGCCUUGAAAUCAGGAGGUUUUUCAGAGAGAUGCCAGGAAAUGCUCUUGAUAAAAAAUCCAACUAUGAAUUACUAGAAAAAGAUGUGGGUCUGAGGAGAUUUUUUCCCAAAAGCUUGUUGGAUUCGAUCAAGCCGAAAUCGUUACGGAAGUCGAUCCAGCAGACCUUCAAGUUGUUUGCCAACCUUAACGAUGAGCAGAGCAUUGUCAAGUUCUUUGAAAUCCUGUCACCAAUUUACAGAUUUGAUAAAGAAUGCUUUAAGUGUGCUCUUGGGUCCAGCUGGGUGAUAGCAGUAGAGCUAGCCAUUGGCCCUGAGGAAGGAAUCAGCUACCUCACUGACAAAGGCUCAGCUCCGACACACCUGGCCAACUUCACACAGGUGAAGAGUAUUCAAUUUGAGGAACAGGAGAAGAAGGGAAUUCUGCAGCUGGAUGUAGCUGGUGCAGCAGAGCCUCUAAAGGUGACGACACCAUGUGUGAGCACCGCAGAGAACAUGGCUGACCUGAUCGACGGUUAUUGCCGUCUCGUCAACAAAACUUCGUUAUCCUUCAUCGUGCGUGCGCAGAAAGAGGGAGAAAGAGCGUUGCCUUCAAUCCCAAAGGCUCCGAAAGCCUCGAACCAUGACAAACGACUACAGAGCGUCAGGGCCAAGGCUGUCUCUGUCUCAGAUGAGAUUAGUGGAGACGAGACCGACGACUACGCAGAGAUCAUAGAUGAAGAGGACACAUACACCAUGCCCUCCACCAGGGAUUAUGAGAUCCAGAGAGAGAGAAUUGAGCUGGGCCGCUGUAUAGGAGAAGGCCAGUUUGGAGAUGUCCACCAGGGAGUCUACGUUUGUCCGGACAGUCCUCCCGUCUCAGUGGCCAUAAAGACUUGCAAAAACACUACGUCCGACAGCGUGCGAGAGAAAUUUCUACAGGAGGCCUUAACAAUGCGUCAGUUUGACCAUCCGCACAUCGUGAAAUUGAUCGGUGUCAUCACAGAAAACCCAGUGUGGAUCAUUAUGGAGCUCUGCACAUUGGGAGAGUUGCGCUCGUUCCUGCAAGUGCGGAAGUACAGCUUGGACUUGGCAUCACUGAUCCUGUAUUCCUACCAGCUCAGCACAGCACUCGCCUACUUGGAGAGCAAACGCUUUGUGCACAGGGACAUAGCUGCCAGGAACGUGCUGGUGUUAUCGGUAGACUGCGUGAAACUGGGCGACUUUGGCUUGUCCAGGUACAUGGAGGACAGCUCCUAUUAUAAAGCCUCUAAAGGGAAACUGCCUAUUAAAUGGAUGGCGCCAGAAUCCAUUAACUUCAGACGCUUUACAUCAUCCAGUGAUGUGUGGAUGUUUGGCGUGUGUAUGUGGGAGAUAUUGAUGUACGGAGUGAAGCCCUUUCAAGGUGUGAAAAACAACGACGUGAUUGGCCGUAUUGAGAACGGCGAGCGACUGGCCAUGCCGCACAACUGCCCCCCCACCCUGUACAGUCUGAUGACCAAGUGCUGGGCUUAUGACCCGAGCAAACGGCCUCGCUUCAACGAGCUCAAAGCACAGCUGAGCACCAUCCUCGCGGAGGAGAAGGCUCAGCAGGAGGAGCGCAGCCGGAUGGAGAUGAGGAGGCAAGUGAACGUGUCCUGGGAUUCUGGGGGAUCAGACGAGGCGCCGCCCAAAGGGUGGCUACGUGACUCUCUUUAUGAGAGGCUGUACAAGCCCAGCAGACCCGGUUACCCAAGUCCACGCUCAAGUGAAGGCUUCUACCCCAGUCCUCAACAUAUGGGCCAGCACAAUCACUUUCAGAUGGGAGGGUACCCAGGCCCUCACGCCAUGCCCCCCAUGCCCUGUGGGUUGUAUCCUCCACAGGCCUCAGGCAUGGGGCUCGACCUCCACGACGGCUGGAAUCAUCACAGAGCUGCUCAGGAUCAUGCCAUGUGGAACCCCAACAUGGAGGACGGUGGUGUGCUGAGGGCCGGCAUGGGUCAGCUUCUCCCUCCUCACCUGAUGGAGGAGCAGCUGAUGUUGCAGCAGCAGCAGAUGGAGGAGGACCAGCGUUGGCUAGAGCAAGAGGAGCGUUUAAUGAAACCAGACUCGAGGAAUUCCAGAGGCAGUAUAGACCGAGAGGACUGCAGUCUCCAGGGACCAACAGGAAACCAGCACAUCUACCAGCCAGUGGGGAAAGCAGAUCAUGCUGUUCCUCCUAAGAAGCCUCCUCGGCCUGGAGCCCCGGGUCAUGCAGGCAGCACAGCCUGCCUUAACACUGCAGACAGCUACAACGACGGAGUCAAGAUCCAGCCUCAGGAGAUAAGCCCUCCCCCUACAGCUAAUCUGGACCGUUCGAAUGACAAAGUCUAUGAGAAUGUGACGGCGUUGGUGAAGGCCGUGAUCGAGAUGUCGAGUAAAAUUCAGCCUGCUCCUCCAGAGGAAUAUGUGCCGAUGGUGAAGGAUGUAGGUUUAGCGCUGAGGAAUCUCCUAGCCACAGUGGAUGAGACGAUUCCCUUGCUGCCGGCUCACACACACCGAGAGGUCGAGAUGGCUCAGAAGCUGCUGAACUCUGACCUGGCGGAGCUGAUCAAUAAGAUGAAGCUUGCGCAACAGUACGUGAUGACGAGCCUGCAGCAGGACUACAAGAAGCAGAUGUUGACGGCUGCCCACGCGCUCGCCGUUGAUGCCAAGAACCUGCUGGACGUCAUCGACCAGGCUAGGCUGAAGAUGUUGGGCCAGGCAAGGCCACACUAGAGACAUUUGAGCCUCACUACUCACCAGCACAGAACUACUAAACUAGCACACAGACAGGAUGCUCCUAACACUCCACGUUCUCACUCCAGCCUGUCUGCCAGGAGCACAGCAGGGUUUUUAUAUAUAUAUAUAUAUAUAUAUAUAUAUAUAUAUAUAUAUAUAUAUAUAUAUAUAUAUAUAUAUAUAAAGGAGUGGCGCUUCUAAUCAGGAGCUUUCAUAGUGGGAUCUGCAUUGGGACUGCUGUAUUAUACUAACAUACUAGGAGUAGAUCUGGAUUAAUGACGAGCCACUGGAACGGAAACGCCGUGUCGUCGUAUCGGUCUCUGGAGAACAGAAGACGUCCUCACACUGUAUUUACCAGUUCUGUAUCUCAUUGGCGAGCCUCUGCUCCACAGCUACACUUAACAAAAUGGAGAACCAGCUCGACAGGGCCUCUGUGAACAUGCACCAGUGUUUGAUAAACUGUAAAGAUCUAAUCCAGUGUGUUUUGUCUGGAUGUGGAGCAAAGGCCUUAUGUGCCUCUCCACAACUCUGAAGGAGAGGGUUGUAUAUUUUGGCCAUGUGCCAUCUAGGAUUUAAAUAAAGUUAUGUCUGAAACAAAAGUAACAA